AGCAAACGCUUCCCGCUGCAGCGCAUGCUGAACCGCCACCGCAAGAGCCACAGCCCCGUCAAGAAGCACCAGUGCAGCUACUGCAGCAAAGGCUUCAACGACACCUUUGACCUCAAGAGGCACCUGAGAACGCACACAGGCAUCCGCCCGUACCGCUGCUGCCUCUGCGGCGACAAGGGCUUCACGCAGCGCUGCUCCCUGGAGUCGCACCUGAGGAAGAUCCACCGCCUCCCCCAGACCUAUGGCUACCGGGAGCGCCGGGCCAAACUCUUUGUCUGCGAGGGGUGCGGCUUCACCUGCAGCACCAGCGACGAGUACCACGGGCACACCUGCCAGGGGCCCUCCGCCCCUGCCUACCUGGGGGACGACGACUUCCCCAAACCGGGGGCAGCUGGUUUUCGGGCUCAGUUGCACCUUCUGCUGAGUUAG